AAAAAAUCAAACAUAAUUUAUUCCUUAACAACAGUUUCGUUGGGAACUGGUUUCUCUGAGAAGCCUAUAAGAGAAACAAAAAACAUUGAGAAAUGGCGGACGACAAUGUUUCAUUCACGGAUCAAGGGACUGCUGUCGGAGAUGAGAAGAAGAAAGGAGGAUCUUCUGCAAUGCUUGACAUGCUCGGACAGUUGGAAAAGAAGGAGACAAAGAAGAAAGGAAAGAAGAACAAGAAGAGCAAGAAGAAGGCGAAGAAGGGAAAGACCAAGAAGGUUCGAAAAGCAGACAAGUACGAGUCUCAAAACUUUCUGUUUCGAGUGGAAGGAGCCAUGUUCUGUGCGGGAAUUAUCGUUGCUAUGAUUAUGCUGUUCGUCAUCAUUAUCUACGGAAUAAUCACUUCAAGUCAAACUGGAGGACAGUUCAACAGAUACAUGGCCCCACUAUUCUGAUUGGAUCAGGACAGAGAAAUGGCGCAAGAGACAAGUCGGCUUACUUUUUUGGUGCACAUUUUAAGCACAAUAAAUUCAUUUAU